CUGAGAAAGGUCUGGACUCGAGAGGAGCGUGCCAGCGGUGAAGAAGUGAGCAGGAGAAACCAUAGCGCAGCCUCCAUACCAUCCGAAUAAGUUGAAGGCGCAAUGCGACCCAUAACCCAGCUUGCGAAGAUAAGUGGAUAUAUCGGCCAUUGAGGAGUAAAAUGCGGUUGAACUAAUUCCAAUAUAUCCGUGGUUUUAAACUAGUUUUGUAUUAAAAUGGCCGUUCGCAGCAACACCUUGACGCCUUUCUCCAUCCAAGCUAUUUUGAACAAAAAAGAGGAGAACCGACAUUUGAAAGAUUUGGACGUAUGUUUCCCCAAGGCAACUUGCUGGAAAAUAUUCAGAGAUCUGGACACUGGUACUGAGGAUUUGUCUUCUCCCUGUAAGAGUGAAGAGGGAGCUUGCAUGGCCAGUGAUCAGAAAAGUUAUGACUCGGACUCGGGUCUCAGUGAGGAGAAUGACAGCAAGUCGCUGCCCGUUUGUAAAUCGGAGAAAGACACGGAGCGCUCGGCUUCAGAUGCACUGGAAGGCAGUAUACAAGACGAAACGGAUCACGAGUCCACUGCUGUUGAGCACGCAAAAGGCUUAAGUGACUGCGAACUCUCCGCUAAUGUCUCCGAUUGUAACCUCCUGGACGAGUCGAGCUGCGACAAAAGUACGGAUCAGCCUAAACAGAGGAAGAAACGCUCGAGGGCUGCGUUCUCUCACGCACAAGUAUUCGAGCUCGAGCGGCGAUUCAAUCACCAGAGGUACUUAUCCGGACCAGAGAGGGCCGAUCUCGCGGCCUCCUUGAAGCUGACAGAGACCCAGGUCAAAAUAUGGUUCCAGAACCGCAGAUACAAAACCAAACGUCGACAGAUGGCCGCCGAUUUGCUGGCAUCGGCUCCAGCUGCGAAAAAAGUGGCCGUGAAAGUUUUGGUGCGGGACGACCAAAGACAGUACAACCCAGGGGAACUCCUCAGGCCCCCGCUACUCUCCCUCCAGCCUCCGUAUUAUUAUCCUUACGCAUAUUGUCUCCCGGCAUGGACGCUGUCCGCCUGCGCUGGAAAUCAAUGAGAAUGGGGACAACAAUUUUGAGUUUCAACAUAUUUAUUUUUUUCCACAAAAAGAGACAAUUGUUUGAUUUUGAUCUGAAGAGAAAGAAGAAAAAUUCGCAGGACUGCUCUAAACGGAUCGAUCAUUGUAAACUGCCUCAUGGUAUCCAUGUUUUGACAGAGACCCCUUCUAUGUUGGACUAUUGAUGACAAAUGCCCUACUGUUUGUGAAUGUAUGGACUGUUAAACACCUAACUCUUAAAUGUUUCCGUAGACAUUCGAGCUCUGUGUUUCCUGUUAACCUGUCUUGGAAAACGACAGCUUCCCGGUGACGUUGUGAAUAGAGCCGUUACUGCUUUUUUCUGGCUGGGUUUAUAGGGGACCGGUAAGACUUUUCAGCACUUUUAACACAUCUAGAGGUAGCCUGUGACCUUUUGUCUGACUGUGGGACUGGUACUUUUAGCGAUUUGAAAGUGUGUAUAAAUUCAACACUCUCAAGUGAACUGUCUAAGGACCUGAGAAGACCUAACUCUGAUUAAAAUGUAUCUGUUUUCUAAUAGUUUCGAACUAUUUUGUUAACUGAAAAAAUUAAACGUAUAAAGCAUAUUGGUAUUAUUCAAGACCAGCUUUCAUGGAGUAAACGUUUGUACACACAUCAAAUGCAUUUAUAUAUUUUCUUUUUUUCAUCAGAACUGUAAAAAGACACGUCCUAUUCUAGCGGAUAAGCUAUAACCCCUCUAUCACAAAAGUUGCAGUCGUCGCUAUCUUUAAUUCUUGCCAAUGCAGAAUUCUAUUCCUUAUGCAUAGGAUAAAUGUAGGCUAAUGAU